GAUUUCUCGAAAACCGUUGCAUGCUACGGCACCGCAAGUUUCUCGGAGCCCCCGCAAGUUUCUGGGAGCUCGUCGAGAGCGAUGCUUCCUCGUUCGUCCCAAACCCACGCCUGUUGCUUCGAGAUCCGCACUCGCGUUUCAGCUUGGCUGUGACAAGCGCAAUGGCUCGUGCGCAUCAUGGGGCCUUUUCGCGCGGGAAGCAUCCAGACCGUCUGUUGAUGCCUGCACCGCCUCAUGGGCUUCAGAAUCCCCUCGCAUGGAAUCGACGGGUCCUCCUGCUUCAAAUCGCCCUGCCUUCUGUCUUCUGCCUUCUGCUGCGACCGUAGCACCAACGAUGCCAGCGUGACUCAGCAGGAGGUUUCUUCAUAUUCUUGCUGUGCGGAACGUCGUCAUGGCAGAGGAACCGGCGGUGGUGCUGCAAGAGCAGGUAGUGGUGGAGCGGCAAGAUCGGGAGCAGUCGGAGCAGGUAGAGGCUGAGGAGCAUGAGGCAGUUGAGGAGGAGCAUGAGGUGGUUGCGGAGCAGUACACGCGGCCCCAGGGUCUGUAUCCCCGCCAGCGGGAAGAGGACUUGGAGGAGCUCCGGCGUCUGAUUCUUGACGCGAAGCUGGCCCCGUGUCACGCGGGGAGCGAUGAAUUCAGCCACGACCUGGACGAAUGCCCUAUUUGCUUCCUGGGCUAUCCAAGCCUAAACUGGUUGCGAUGUUGCCAGAAAGGAAUGUGCACAGGUGAGGAAUAUUCAUAAAUGCUGGUAAGCCAUUGACAAAAUAUAAUAAGAUCAAGACCUUCCUCUCAACCGUUCUGUUUGCCGUCUCUUUGUGGUCCCCCAUUCAGAGUGCUUCUUAGAGUUGAAAUGCCCGACUGCUUUCAACACUGAAUGUUUCUCUGCCCAGUCUUUUCUCUGCCUUGCAGGUGUCCAUUCUGUAACACAGCUGCAGCUGCGGUGGAGUAUCGGGGAAAACGCACUGCAGAGGAGAGGAUCAGGGAGAUGGAGGAGGAUCAGAAGGUGAUUGCAGCCGAGAUAAAGAUGCGCCAAGAGGAGACAGAGGCGUAUGCCGCUCUCCAAGCUGAUCUGGAUGGGCAGCAAGCAAUUGAAGCAGAGAUUGCAAGGCUUCGGCAACAGGAGGCGUAUGCAGCAAGCUUGGCUGAAGAGGAGGAGCAGAUUGUUAUUGAAUCGGAUAUCAGAAAGCGCCAGGAGGAUGAGGAGCACGCAGCACGGUUAUCGACCGUGGAGGAGCAGCGGGUUAUUGAAGCGGAAUUCAGAAAGCGCCUGGAGGAUGAGGUGCACGCAGCAAGCCUGUCGAAUCUUGAGGAGCAGAGGGCGAUUGAGGCAGCAAUCAAAACACAGCAGGAGCAAGAGGCUGAUGCAGCAGCCUUAUUCAUUCAAGUGGAGCAGGGCGAGAUUGAAGCAACAAUCAGGCAGCAGGAGGAGCUUUUGGCGUAUGCGGCAAGCCCGUCGAAUCAAGAAGAGCAGGGAAGGAUUGAAGCAGCUAUCCGAGCUCAGCAGGAGCAGGAGACCUAUGCUGCAGGCCUUUCCAAUAAAGAGGAACAGCAAGAGAUUGAAGCAGCAAUCCGAAAGCAACAGGAGCAAGAAGCAGUUUCAGCAAGCCUGUUGUCUGUAGAGGAGCAGGGGAUGGUCGAAGCAGCAGCUGUAAUCGACCAGGAGCAGGAGGCCUAUGCGGCCAGCCUGUCAAAUCUAGAAGAGCAGAGGGAAAUUGAAGCAGCGAUUCAAAUGCAACAGGAGUCAGAGGCGUAUGCGUUUAGUCUUGAUGAGUUGGAGGAGCAGGAGAUCAUUGAGGCAGAUAUAGCACUGCAGCAAGAGGAGGUGGCCUCUGCUGCACAUCUAGCUGAGCAAGUGGAACCGGAGGAGACACCUGCUAGCCAGCCUGUAGCAUCCCCAUCCUCCCCCUCUCCUUCCACCUCCUCUUCGCUUCCCUCACCCAGCCUGCUGCUUUGACAGUUCUCUGCCACUCCAGCAGCAACACCAGCAGAAGCAGUUGUAAGUGUACCAGCAGCGGUAACUGCACCGGCAGCGGCACCAACGCAGCAGGGGAAGAAAGGCUCCUCGGCUGGACCUGGAGCACCUGCAGUGGAGUCAGCAGGAGGACAAUUGGAAGGAAGCAAAUGUACCAGCUAGGGAAGCUUUUUCUGUGCACGCACAAUGCUAAUCACUCUGCAUGAAGUCACAGAUCUAGCAGUUAUGCCUUCGUGGACACACCGCGGCAGUAAUGGUGAUUGCGUGAAUUAGAUGACUUGUUCGUACGAAGAAUAAAUAGGUUGAUUACCU